AUUCCAGGCCCCUCCUCCUCUCGGAUGGACCAAUUGAGGCGCGAGUUGUGUUUUAAACCGCGGUGUGCGGGAUCGUUGGUGGUACAGUCUUGGAGUAAUCCAGGAUGGCUACUCUGAUCUUUAUUGAUAAGGAUAAUGAAGAACCAGGCAGCCGUUUGGCAUCUAAGGAUGGGUUGAAGCUGGGGUCUGGUGUCAAAACAGUCAAGGCAUUAGAUGGGAAAUCGCAGGUCUCAGUGCCUCAAGCUGGCAAAGUGUUCGAUGCUCCAGCCUUGCCUAAAGCCAACAGAAAGGCUUUGGGAACUGUCAACAGGGUUACAGAAAAGCCAGUGAAGACUAAUAGGCCACUCAAACAAAAACAGCCAGCUUCGACCGUGAAGAAGAUCGCUGAGAAGCCGGCUAAGAUACAAAGCUCUGUCUCUGCUCCUGAUGACACCUAUCCAGAAAUAGAAAAGUUCUUCCCCUUCAAUCCUCUAGAUUUUGAGAGUUUUGACCUGCCUGAGGAGCACCAGAUUGCACAUCUCCCCUUGAAUGGCGUGCCUCUCAUGGUCCUGAGUGAGGAGAACGUGGUUGAGAAGCUGCUGCACCUGGAUCCCCCUUCACCUCUGAAGACACCCUUUCUAGCGUGGGAAUCUGGAGCACAGUGGUAUUUUCCAGAAGGGACAUUAAGGGUGAGAUGACAGCCGACUGCAGAAGCAGCCCCAAGAAUCCAGCGGUCAGUUCUGAGGCAGAUGUUGAGGAGAUCCGCGACUGUGAAGCCGUGUCAGCUUCCUCCCUCGCUUCCUGUGCUGAGAAAGGAUUAUUUUUCAUAGACUAUGUUGUAUUGAUGUUAGCAGCACAUUAUAGUCAUGUUUAAAUCAAUUAGUAAACAUUUGUAACUUCUC